UGCGCUAGUCAGCUGACUCCGUCUCAGUGGGCGCUUGAUCGGAGCAUGUGCAGACACUCUAUACGGACCGACCGUCCCCAUCUCACCGCGCAGGGAACUAAUCGAGGCCGGGGAUCUGCGGCCUUCAUGGUCUAAUUUGGGGACAAAUGGUGUGGUAUGGGUUUGGAUACAGAGGCUUCGGGCAGCUCGGGGAAGGGGAGGACCCCAGUGUAAGGCUUCCAGAACCAGUGACCAUCCCAGGAACACGUGUAGAGAGUAAAGACAUAACUAAAGCAAUCCCUUCCUGGAGCUACACAGCCUUCCUGACAGGUGAUGACUCCCUUCUGCUCUCAGGGUUUAUUAAAGCAUUGCCGGGGCAGUAUCUCCACUCCCGUGGCCUGGGAUGUCUUGAUGUUUUGCCUUCAGAGAAGUACCUGAUGGUGCUCUUCAAAGACCGUGUUGAAUGUUGGGGAACCAACUCUCUGGGUCCAGAAGAUGCUCUACCAGAGGCCUUGUGGAAAAUGGAUCUGCCUAAUGGACACAAAGCUGCUUUUCCUUUGGUAGAUAAUGGAUAUGUUCUCCCCCAACCCCCAUUUUUUCGUGAGCUUCCGCCUAAAGUCCAAGCUCUCAAGUUGUCUUUAGGAAAUGAGCAUGCUGUUCUUCUGACAUCAGACCACGCGGUGCUCACAUGGGGAGCUGGGAGACAUGGACAACUUGGACACGGGGAUGUAGAAGAUGUGUUGGAACCUCGAAUUGUGGAAGCUGUGCAUGGUCUGUUGAUCAGAGAGGUGGCAGCAGGGGGUUGGCAUACUGCCUGUAUCGGUGACGGUGGAGACAUUUACUGCUGGGGAUGGAAUGAGUCUGGGCAACUUGGUCUGCCUUCCAAAACAUUAGCUCAAGAACGAGGGAAUGUAGAAGAGGAAGUAAAUGAGGAUGAAGAUGCUGAAGCCGGACAGUUUAUUACAAUACAGUCUUUUCCUGCUUUGAUUGAUCUACCACAAGAAUGUGAAGCAUUGAAGAUUAGCUGUGGGUCCCGCCAUACAGCAUCUGUCACAAAGUCUGGUGAACUGUAUACAUGGGGAUGGGGAAGAUAUGGACAACUUGGUCAUGGAGACACAAACACCUUGGAUCAACCAAAGUGUGUUGAAUUUUUUUCUAAGAAACAGCUUUGUGCAAAAGAUGUGACUUGUAAAUGCUGGAAUACAUAUGUAUUGUGCGAUUAAUAAAAAAUUAAGGUAAUUUAA